GUAAACUUUAGGGCAGCCCGUCUCCCGGGCGGCAUGGGUGUGUGAGUGUGUGCAGGAAGAGGAGGGCCUGUGCUCGGGGAGGAGGCCGGCUCUGUCACCGAGCACCGCACGUAUGGACGCCCGGGAGGCAGCGACCACCCCGGCAGAGGGCAACUAGCGGCCGACCGCGGGAGCCGGGUGCACGCGGAGCGACAGCCGCAAAGCGCAGCGCAAAGAACAGAGAGAGAGGGAAAGGAAAAAAAAAGGCGGCCGGGCGGGGGAGAUCCAGCCCCCGGAGGAAGAGGAGGGGGCAGAAGAGGCGCCUCUAUCUCAGGGAGAGGACACGGGAGGAGAAGCUGCAAGGAGUUUGCGAUUCUUUUUUCGCGCAAUAUCUGAACACAUUCCCAACUUGCAGGGAUCCGCCGCCGGGGGAGCCGGAGCCCGGGUGAGGGGGCAAAGUUUCCUGGAGCAAGGAGCCCACCUUCCCCCUGUGAUGAUGCACCCCUGACUGGGGGCAGUGCCCCAUGCCUGCACCUCUAGAGGGUGGAGGGCCUUAGCUAAAGGGAGGCCGCUGUAUAAAGGAGCACUCUGCCCCCCUCCAUGUAGUGUGGAUAACAGUGCUCCAAGAAGAGAGCAAAGUAUCAGAGUGCAGAUCUUCUGUUCGGCCUCUAGGGGGCAGCCCCCAUGUUGCCUUCUCCUACCGGAGGGUGAAGGGGGCUUCUGAUAAACCAGGUGGCACCCUCCUUAUUACGGAUAAAAACCUAUAGGAUCCAGCCGACCCUCGGGCGAAGAUGUCCUCUCCCCCGGAGAAGGGAAUGGCCGGCCGGCAGGAGAAGCUGGACACCGUGCUGAGGAAUCCGCGCUCGCCCAUCAAUAUAGAAAGUCUGCUGGAUGGACUCAACUCACUGGUUCUUGACCUCGACUUCCCUGCACUACGAAAGAACAAGAACAUUGACAACUUCCUAAAUAGAUAUGAAAAAGUUGUCAGCGAUGUGCGACAACUACAGAUGAAAGCAGAAGAUUAUGACAUAGUAAAAGUCAUUGGACGAGGGGCCUUUGGUGAAGUCCAACUGGUUCGGCACAAAAGUACGCAAAAGGUUUAUGCAAUGAAACUGUUAAGUAAAUUUGAAAUGAUAAAAAGAUCAGACUCUGCCUUUUUUUGGGAAGAAAGGGAUAUCAUGGCCUUUGCAAACAGCCCGUGGGUAGUUCAGCUGUAUUGUGCCUUCCAAGAUGAGAAGUCCCUCUACAUGGUGAUGGAGUACAUGCCUGGCGGAGACCUUGUAAACCUUAUGAGCAACUACGAUAUGCCUGAGAAGUGGGCAAAAUUCUACACCGCCGAAGUGGUCCUGGCCCUCGACGCCAUUCACUCCAUGGGCUUGAUCCAUCGAGACGUCAAACCAGACAAUAUGCUGCUGGACAAGAAUGGCCACCUGAAGCUGGCGGACUUUGGCACGUGCAUGAAGAUGGAUGAAACAGGUAUGGUGCGUUGUGACACUGCCGUCGGAACUCCAGAUUACAUAUCACCUGAAGUGCUGAAGUCUCAAGGAGGAGAUGGCUACUACGGACGGGAGUGUGACUGGUGGUCGGUUGGGGUCUUCCUGUUUGAGAUGCUGGUUGGGGACACUCCAUUUUAUGCCGACUCCCUGGUUGGAACCUAUAGUAAAAUUAUGGAUCACAAGAAUUCCCUAAACUUCCCAGAAGAUGUGGAAAUUUCUAAGCAUGCCAAGAACCUCAUCUGUGCCUUCUUAACAGAAAGGGAGGUGCGACUUGGGCGGAAUGGUAUAGAGGAAAUCAAGCAGCACGCGUUCUUCAAGAACGACCAGUGGACCUGGGACAACAUACGAGAGACGGCUGCGCCGGUGGUCCCUGAGCUGAGCAGUGACAUUGACAGCAGUAACUUUGAUGACAUUGAAGAUGACAAAGGCAAAGUGGAGACAUUUCCUAUCCCUAAAGCAUAUGCAGGGAACCAGCUGCCUUUCAUUGGAUUUACCUAUUACCGGGAAAACUUAUUGCUGAGUGACCCGUCUAAGGGUCGGGAGCAGCAGAACUCCUCCAUGAAGCCUACAAAGGAGGAGUCUGCAGAACAUCAGAAGGCUAUUCAGAAGCUGCAAGAAAAACUUCAGAAUGAGGUCCAAACCAGGGAUGAUUUCGAGCACAAAUACAGGUCUGUAAAUUCCCGCCUGGAGAAGACAAUGAAGGAACUUGAUGAACAGAUAAAUUCUCGGAAGAACCUGGAGUCCACCAGCCGGCAGCUAGAGUGUGAGAAGGCCCUGCUACAGCACAAGAACGCCGAGUACCAAAGAAAAGCAGAGAACGAGGCGGAGAAGAAACGCAGCCUAGAAAAUGAAGUGAACAGUCUGAAGGAUCAACUUGAAGACUUGAAGAAAAGGAACCAAAAUUCCCAGAUCUCGAACGAGAAAAUGAACCAGCUCCAAAGACAACUGGAUGAAGCCAACGCCCUCCUACGUACAGAGUCAGACACAGCAGCCCGGUUACGGAAGACUCAAAACGAGAUGUCCAAGCAGAUCCAGCAGCUGGAAACCAAUAACCGAGAGCUCCAGGACAAAACUUGUAUGCUGGAAAAUGCCAAGCUGAAGCUAGAGAAGGACUACAUCAACCUGCAAUCAGCCCUGGAAUCUGAAAAGAGGGAUCGGACGCAGGGAUCGGAGAUUAUUAGUGACCUUCAAGGCCGGAUAUCUGUAUUAGAAGAUGACGUUAAGAAAGGAAAGGACUUUCUUACACGUGCAGAGUCUGAGAAGAGGCAUCUACAGGAGAGGCUAGCUGCCCUGGAGAAGGAAAAAAAUAACCUGGAGAUCGACAUGACGUACAAGCUGAAGGCUCUGCAGCAGAACGUGGAGAAGGAAGAAGCAGAACAUAAGGCCACCAAGGCACGCCUGGCUGACAAGAACAAGAUCUAUCAGUCUAUUGAAGAGACCAAGUCUGAAGCCAUGAAAGAUAUGGAGAGAAAACUGCAGGAGGAGAGGUUGUCCAAGCAAAGACUGGAGAACAACUUGCUGCAGGCAGAGAAGCAAUGCUCCAUGCUGGACUGUGACCUCAAGCAAGCCAAGCAGAAGAUUAAUGAGCUGGAGACCCUGAAGGACAAACUCCUGGAAGAUGUUAAAAACCUUACCUUAAAAACUGAACAGGAGACCCAGAAACGCAGCCUGACCCAGAAUGACUUAAAGAUGCAGCUUCAACAGGUGAACAGUCUAAAGAUGUCAGAGAAGCAGCUGAAGCAGGAGAUCAACCACUUGACCGAGAUCAGAGCGAGCCUAGAAAAACAGAACAGCGAGCUGCGCAAAGAACGUCAAGACGCAGAUGGUCAGAUGAAGGAACUUCAAGACCAGCUGGAGGCUGAGCAGUAUUUCUCUACCUUGUACAAGACCCAAGUGCGAGAACUGAAGGAGGAGUGUGAAGACCAAGGGAAACUUUACAAGGACAUGCAACAGAAGGUUCAGGAGCUCCAGGAUGAGAGGGACUCUUUGGCUGCUCAGCUUGAGAUCACAUUGACUAAGGCGGACUCUGAACAGCUGGCACGCUCCAUUGCUGAGGAGCAGUACUCUGACCUGGAGAAAGAGAAGAUCAUGAAAGAGCUGGAGAUCAAGGAGAUGAUGGCUCGUCAUAAACAAGAGCUUGCCGAGAAAUAUGCCACCAUUAGUUCUCUUGAGGAAGCCAACAAAACACUAACUACCGAUGUGGCCAAUUUGGCCAAUGAGAAGGAAGACAUGAACAACAAACUGAAGGAUUCCCAAGAAGAAAUUCAACAUCUGACCGAAGAAGGAACUACCGUUGUGAUCCUUAAGACACAAUUUGAGAAGCAACUGCUGAACGAGAGGACCCUGAAGACCCAGGCCGUGAACAAGCUAGCCGAAAUUAUGAACAGGAAAAUUCCCAAUUCCAAGGGCGGACCUGACACCGAUGUGCGCAGGAAGGAGAAGGAGAAUAGGAAGCUGCAAUUGGAGUUGAAAUCCGAGAGGGAAAAGCUUUCACGCCUUGUCAUCAAGUACCAGAAAGAGAUGAAUGAGAUGCAGGCGCAAAUUGCGGAAGAGAGUCAGGUUCGAAUUGAGCUUCAGAUGGCGCUCGACAGCAAAGACAGCGACAUCGAGCAGCUGCGGUGUCAGCUGCAAUCCAUUCACAUCGGCAUGGAUAGCACGAGUAUCGGCAGUGGGCAUGGUGACACCGACAAUGAUGACGGAUACCCAGUUCACAUCACUCAGUCCCGUACUAUGGAGUCCAUGUCAUUCACCUACCAGCGUUCCUCUACUUCCGUCAGCAUUGGCACUAAGCCCUCCCGUGCUCGCUUGCUUUUCAACUCUGAUUCUGAUACGGACUCAGAGGAGGAACCAAAACCCAGUGCACGAACCCCUACAGAUCCCGAUAGCGAUGACAACGAAGAAUCCAGACUGGAAGGAUGGUUGUCACUUCCUGUGCGAAAUACUAAGAAGUUUGGCUGGAUUAAAAAGUAUGUGGUGGUUAGCAGCAAGAAAAUCCUGUUUUAUGACAGUGAGCAGGAUAAAGAGCUGUCCAAUCCGUACAUGGUGUUGGAUAUAGAUAAACUAUUCCACGUGCGGCAGGUAACUCAGACGGAUGUGUAUCGGGCGGAUGCUAAGGAGAUUCCACGGAUCUUCCAGAUUUUAUAUGACAAUGAAGGAGAAAGCAAGAAAGAGAUAGAAUUCCCAGUGGAUCCUGUGGAGAAAUCGAACUACAUCUGUCACAAAGGACAUGAGUUCAUUCCCACGUUAUACCAUUUCCCAACAAGCUGUGAUGCCUGCAUGAAGCCCCUGUGGCACAUGUUCAAACCCCCUGCUGCCUUAGAGUGCCGGCGCUGCCAUAUCAAAUGCCACAAGGACCAUAUGGAUAAGAAAGAGGACAUGAUAGCACCUUGCAAAGUAAACUACGAUAUUUCUACGGCUAAGAAUCUACUUUUAUUAGCGAACUCCACGGAGGAGCAGCAGAAGUGGGUGAGUCGGCUGGCAAAAAAAAUUCCCAAAAAGGCGCCGGCUCCUGAUCCCUUUGCCCGUUCCUCUCCAAGAACUUCCAUGAAGGUACAGCCAAACACGUCUAUGAGGCGGCCUAGUCGACAACUUCCUCCAAACAAACCCAGACUGCUUGACCUGGCUUUUAACGACUGGCACUGGUCUCUGGAUGACGUAGAGGAUGAUGGGGAUGAUGUUUUUGAUUUCUGAAGCGGUAACCUCGGUUAACUGCCUUCUGUGAAUGCAGUGCCCAUUUUAAGAUGAUUUCUUCCAUUAAAUGACAAAAAUAAGACUGAUUGCAAAAUAAGGUGUCCAAAAUAUAAAAAAAAGGAGAAAAAAAACAAAACUAUAUUUUUUUCCAAAAAGACUGUGCAUAUAUAUAUCAGAGGUUUACAAAAAAAUUUCUUGCUGCAAUGUAGAAAGAGAGAAAAGAAAUAAUGUUGUUCCUGACGAGUGGCUCAGGGUGGUCAGAAGUCACUGUGAUUUACGUAGACCCCUAACCCGGGAUUAAUACCCAGGUUACACUCCUGAUACUUUGCAAACGAAAAUCUCCGAGGACGGCUUUUACCCCUGCUCGAAACGUGAAAGCUUCAAAGCGAGGAUAUGAACGGUGGGGAAACGAGUGCCGGUUCCACAAGGUUUUUUACACUACAUCCCAGAGGAACUCCGGUCCCACAGCUGACGGCGUCCAACACAGCGGUUUUGGUGCUCUGUAUCGCUCCGAAUGAGCUCCUCAACGAGAGAAAAAGACAGACCGUGUAUAUAUUUGUAUCGUACUGUACCGCCAGAGGCUUUGUGAGAACGGCACCCUUUAUUUUUGUACUCCUUGACCAAUGCCUGCGGUUGUGACUAUGCACAUGUACAAAGCCAUAGUGUUAUCCCUCUGUCUGACUCAUAUGGAGGGAUUAGCGCGGGGGGGG